CAUCCGGAGACAUCCAUUUUCUCUGGUAGCUGUUUACUUCUUCUUCUUCUUCUUCUUCUUCUUCCUCCUCCUCUGUUCGUCAAUCGCCGAUCUCGUUGCUUCAUUUUCCUUGAGAUCGAUUGGUACAAGUGUUCAUCCAAUGGUUGGAGGAGGAGUUAUCCGGCAGCUUCUUAGAAGGAAACUUCAUUCCCAAUCAGUCGUGAGCUUUUUCCCUGUUACAUCUUUUUGAUUUUCUGCUGUAGCUUAGGAUCUGUUUGAAGAUAGAAUCAUAUGAUUUGUUUUGGUUCUGUCUACACCUUCAUUGCUCUGAGAGAUUGUCCUUGAAGAAUUGUAACUGGAAUUGUUGUGGCGUUGGAGAUUUUGGGAUAUAAGAAACUUAGACUUAUUGAUUUGUGCUUCGAGAGUAUGAUUAAUAUUCGAUUUCUUUUCAGAAAAAGUAGUCUUUUGAUUUGUUGAGCAUACACCUUCUUGUGUCUUGGCCUUUUUUUUUGUUUUCUUACUGUUGUUCUGUAUUAUCUACCACCAUAGGCAACUCCGGUAUUGUCAUGGUUGUCUUCGAAGAAAGCGAAUGAAGAUGCUGGGUCUGCUGGUUUAAGAGCAUUUGCUCUCAUGGGUGCUGGUAUUACCGGAUUAUUGAGUUUUUCUACUGUUGCAUCUGCUGAUGAGGCUGAACAUGGUCUGGAGUGUCCUAACUACCCUUGGCCACAUGAGGGCAUUCUCAGCUCAUAUGACCAUGCUUCGAUCCGUCGUGGUCACCAAGUUUAUCAGCAAGUUUGUGCGUCUUGCCAUUCGAUGUCUCUGAUCUCAUACCGAGACUUGGUGGGUGUUGCCUACACAGAGGAAGAGGCGAAGGCCAUGGCAGCUGAAAUCGAGGUUGUUGAUGGACCAAAUGAUGAGGGUGAGAUGUUCACCCGACCUGGUAAACUCAGUGAUCGGCUUCCUGAACCAUACUCAAAUGAAUCGGCUGCUAGGUUCGCCAAUGGAGGAGCGUAUCCACCGGAUCUAAGUCUUGUAACUAAGGCACGUCACAAUGGCCAAAAUUAUGUCUUUGCUCUGUUGACUGGUUAUCGUGAUCCUCCUGCUGGAAUUUCGAUCAGAGAGGGGCUACACUACAAUCCUUAUUUCCCUGGUGGAGCAAUCGCUAUGCCAAAAAUGCUCAACGAUGAAGCUGUGGAAUAUGAAGAUGGAACUCCUGCAACAGAAGCACAGAUGGGUAAAGAUGUUGUAUCCUUCUUGUCCUGGGCAGCUGAACCAGAGAUGGAAGAGAGGAAAUUGAUGGGGUUCAAAUGGAUAUUCUUACUGUCUUUGGCUCUGCUUCAAGCUGCGUAUUACAGGAGACUGAAAUGGUCAGUACUCAAAUCCCGUAAGCUUGUUCUCGACGUUGUUAACUAAUCCCGUGAAGAUCACCUUUUCUCUGGGUAAUAAUCAUUAAUCUUGAAAGGGAUAAAUGGUGAAUCCCACUUUUUGUCUCAAAAGACAUGUUUCUUUGUUUAUUGUUUAGAAAGUCUAAUGAGGCAAAGAAGUAAAGCUUUUUUAACCUCAAGUCACACAUGAUUUUGAGAUUAUAUUAUUUCUUUUUGGUUUGUUGUCUCCUAAACCGGACUCGGUUUGUCUUAAUAAAAAUGUGGUUUUACAAUCUCUCUCCUAUUUGUAUAUCACAAAACAUGAUUUUGUAACUAUUAAAGUUAAAAAGUUAAAAUCUGUGGUCU